AUGCUCCGACCUUCCUCCCUCAUCGCCGCAGCAGCGCUCUGCCUGCCCCUCACAUCCGCCUCUCAGCCUGGCGCCGCCUCUCCGAUACCGGCCCCGAUGCGCGACCUGACUUGGGGCCAGCUCAACUUCCUCCACACGACCGAUACACACGGCUGGCUGGGCGGCCACCUUCUCGAGCCGCAGUACUCCGCCGACUGGGGCGACUACGUCUCAUUCGCUGAGCACAUGCGGCGGAAGGCCGACGAGCGCGGCGCUGACCUCCUCGUCAUCGAUACGGGUGACCGUGUCGAGGGCAAUGGCCUCUAUGACAGCUCGAGCCCCAAGGGCCUCUUCACCUACGACAUCUUCCGCGAGCAGGCUGUCGACAUCCUCUGCACCGGCAACCACGAACUCUACCAGGCUGACGCUGCCCAGCGCGAGCACGACAUCACAGUGCCCAACUUCCGCGAAAACUAUAUUGCCAGCAACCUCGACUACAUUGACCCCAAGACGGGCGACCGCGUGCCCCAGGCCCAGCGGUACCGCAAGUUCAAGACCAAGAACCAAGGGCUCGAAAUCGUCGCUCUCGGCUUCCUCUUCGACUUCACGGGAAACGCCAACAACACUGUCGUUCAGCCGGUCGAGGAUACCAUCAAGUCGGAUUGGUUCAAGAAGAUGCUGGAGGAGGAGAAGCCCGAUUUGUUUGUCGUCAUCGGCCACGUCGGCCUGCGCAUGCCCGAGUUCAAGGCCAUCUUCACCGCCAUCCGCAGGGGCAAUUGGUUUGCGCCCAUUGCCUUCUUCGGCGGCCACGCCCACGUCCGUGACGCCCUCAAAUUUGACAAAGACGCUUUCGCCCUCGCCAGUGGGAGGUAUGGCGAGACCAUCGGGUGGAUGUCGAUUGACAACAUCAAGAGGGCCAAGUCCGCGUCCGCCGCCGCCGAGGUCUCGGCAGAGAUUGCGCCAUCCGCCUCCUUCACGAGGAAGUACAUUGACAACAACCUCUUCGGCCUCUACCAUCACACCGGUCUCAACGAGAUGACCUUCCCGACCGAGCGCGGCAAGAACGUUACCAAGAUGAUCGAGAAGGCCCGCAAGUCGCUCGACCUCGAUUACAAGUACGGCUGCGCGCCCAAGGACCUGUGGGUCAACCGCGCCCCGUACCCAAGCGACGACAGCAUUUUCACGUGGCUCGAAACGCAGGUGCUCCCGGACGUCAUCCACAAGAAGGACAGGAAAGACGUCCCGCGCCUGGCCAUCGUCAACACGGGCGGCCUACGCUUCGAUAUCUUCAAGGGAGCAUUCACAAAGGACAGCACCUACAUCGUAUCGCCCUUUACCAGUACCUUCAAGUACAUCCCCGACGUUCCGUACGGCGUGGCCAAGCGCGUCAUCGAGCUCCUCAACAAGGCCGGCAAGAUCUUCGAGGCGACGCACGAUACCCGUUUCAUGAACAUACCCGAGAUGAUGUUCCCCAAAGACGACAUGGUCAUGUUGAAGACGGAGCAGGAGGGCGAGCCCCGCCGGCUCGAGCUGCGCCAGGAGACUGAUCAGCACCCGCUGUCUGGUGACGACGACAAGUUCAAGAAGCCGGACCUCAUCGGCGGGUACACCACCAAGGAUGACAUCGGUGCCGACGGCGACGACACGGAGCACGUGCCCAUCCAGUUCUACGAGGUGCCCAACUGCGUGCAGACGGAGAUUGGCUUCCCCAAGGAGGGCGAGCCGGAAAAGGUGGACGUUGUCUUCAUUGACUUCAUCCUGCAGUGGGUGCUUGUUGCCCUCAAGUUCAGCGGCGGCGACUACAGCGAGGAGCAUGUGUUGACAUGGUCGGACGACACGCUUACGUACAAGAUGGGCGAGUGGAUCAAGGAGAACUGGAAGGGAGACUGCUGA